CCCAACUCGGCUGCUUCACUGCUGCUUCGAGUACGAUUUCGCAAUAUCUUCGAGAAUAUCGAUUCUGAACGAUUUUGAAGCGUUAAUCCGUUCUCCUGUCUCAGCUCUUCAGCCUUUGUGCUGUCUACGGUUUAACAAACAACCAGCAGAGGUGGUUAUGGCUUGUUACUAAAAAGCCUCCUGGAUCGACAAAAAGGCGAAGGGAACCCCUCAACAAGGGAUCGAAAGACGAGUCAGCCAAACAAAAGGCACGUCACUGACGAAUUUUCAAGGGAAUUGCCCUUAAACACGUGCAUGACUUUUCAAGUCUGCAACCUCAAAUCAACAACCAUCUCCAAGACUCUUACUCUCCCAAAUAUCAACCAUGGCCUCUUUGGCAAUCACCCUGCAAAAGGGCUACAUGCUUCUGCUGUUGUUGACAUUUUCCACUUGGAUUUCUGCCAUUAGCAUCAACGUUUGUUCUAGUUUCAACACAGGCGAAACACCAUUGAAUGUCAGCAUAUGGCAAACAAAUGGCGCCUGCGGAAUAUUCUGUACCAAAAAGGAUUACGCCUUUUCUAUCACGCAACAAAAUUCAUGCUGGUGCUCCAACUACUACCCUGACAAGACCACACAAGUUGACGUUAAGGAAUGCAAUGAUCCUUGCCCGGCGUGGCCUUCAGAGAACUGCGGCGGCCCUGGAUUAUACGGUUAUAUCUUGUUAAACGAAGUCGCGCCUUCGGGCACCAAGACGGCACCGCCAACAUCAACUCCAACUCAGUCAACGACCGAUUCGUCGUCGUCCUCCUCCUCUUCCACCACCUUCUCCACCUCCACCACUUCCACCACGCCACCUCCAGGGCAGACGUCGGACAGCAGCUCUACCUCGCAAGACCCAACCGGAGACCGCCAAACCGGCACACCGGUGAAGCACUCUGGACUGAGUACAGGUGCCAUUGCUGGCAUCGCGGUUGGCGUUGUUCUUGGCGCUCUCAUCGUUUGUGGCGCUGCUUUCUUCUUGUACCGACGGAGACGACAAAAUCGGAACGACGAGUACCGGGAUGACCCGAGCGUCAGAGGCAGCUCAUCCGGCAUGGUGGGAUCGGUUCCCCCAGAGAUGAGCGCAAACAGCGGCUCGCCAGCUUCGCCAGUUUCGGCCGUCAACAGAAACAGCACCAUUCAGAUCGAUCCUCGAAUGGACCCAUUUAAGCAAGGCCUAUACAUCCGCGGCAGCCACGAGAGUCUCAACACGAUCCGAGACGAUCACGACUAUUCACGACGGAUUCACCCACCGGUUCUCCGGGCCAUGAAUCCAGACCCCGAAGAUUGAUAAGGCAACCGCGUGCCUUGUUUUCUCUCAACUCGUUUGUGUGCAUACGUGGUUUCUUUCCUAGUUAUUUGUGUCUUUU